AGAGAGAAAUUUAAUUGAAAAAUCGCAACGAGUUGUGGAGGAUGGGGAGAAGUAGUCUUUGUCAACACCUUGGUUGAAGAUAUUCACUUCGCCUGCCUUCCUCUCACUUACAUUGGUCCACUGUACCCAUAAUUAGGGUUUCUGGACAUUGCUAACUGAAAUCCCAACGUACAUGAGCAGCGUCCUCGGCAUGGAUAUAAAGUCCAACGCUCUUUAUUCUUCGCUACCUUAUUUGGCCAUGUGGAUAAUGUGCUAUGUUUUCGCCAUCCUUGCUAACAUCAUGAAUAAGUGGGAAAGCAUCUCGCUCAACUUCAGCCGGAAAUUCUUCAACUCUGUUGGCCACUGGAUUCCCAUGGUGGCGCUUAUUGAGCUGGGUUACAUGACGAAAGAAAGUACCGGUCUUGCGAUAGCUCUCCUUACCUUAGCAGUUGGUAUGAAUGCCGCAGUUUACUUAGGGUUCCAGGAGAACCACAUCGAUUUGGCCCCCAACCAUGCUGGAACAUUGAUGGGAAUUACGAACUGUGCAGCAAACAUAAUGAGCCUCAUUGCUCCUCUUACUGUAAAUGCAAUUGUCAAGGACGAGAAAGAUCCAGUGGAAUGGAGGACUGUGUUCGUUGUUUCGUCAGGUUUCUAUCUAGUUGGAAACCUUCUGUUUAUUAUCUUCGGCAAGACGCAGGUCCGAAAAUGGAACGAUUAUGGUAUCGAAUCCAGUACUGAGAUGCAAGGGAAACCCGAGGGCAAGAAUCCAGCCGAACCUUAG